AUGUUAUUUAAUUAUUUUUUUUUAUUACCUGAAAAUUAUUUAUUAUUUUCUAUUUUUUUUAUUUUUUGUUAUUUAGUAUUAAAUCUUUUUUCAAAUAAGAGUAAUUUUAUAAGGCAAGAUAAUUUUAUUAUUUAUUUAGCUGUUAUUAUAUUAUUAAAUACAUUGAUUUUACAUUGUGUUAUGUAUUCUUAUAAUUUUGGAUUAAAAGAUUUGCUAUAUAAAGACGAUACGACAAAUGGUUUUUGUAUUAUUAAUAUAGUUAUUGCUUUAUUGUAUCUAGUAGGUUUUAGUAAUCUGCUAAGAGUUUAUAACAUAAAUUCAUUUGAAUUUAUUAUUUUAAUUUUAUUGUCUGUAUAUAGUAUUAAUAUGUUGGUUUGUUCUGUUAAUUUAAUUUCAUUUUAUUUAUUAAUUGAACUCCAAAGUAUAUGUUUUUACACACUUGCUGCUUUUUCUCGGAAAAAUAAAUAUAGUAUAGAAGCGGGAUUAAAAUAUUUUAUAUUAGGUUCUUUUUCUUCUGUCUUAUUACUAUUUGGUAUUUCUAUACUAUAUGGAUUUAGCGGUUUAUUAUAUUAUGAAGAUAUUUCAAUGUUUUUUGUCAAUUUUAAUAAUAUUGAAGCGAGCAGUAAACUAUAUAAUAUAUAUAUACUAUCAAUCGCUUUCAUGUUAACUGGUAUGUUGUUUAAACUAUAUUCAUUUCCAUUUCAUUUUUGGGUAAGCGAUAUAUACCAAGGAUCGCCUUUUUUAUCUACUGUAUUUUUUUCUAUUUUUCCAUUUAUUUCGUUAUUUUAUAUUUUUAUGAAGUUAUACAUAAACAUAUUUAUUUUUUUUUAUGAAUCAUUUGUUAUAUUUUUUAUGAUUAGUAGUAUUGGAUCUAUGGUUGUGGGUAUGCUAGGAGCAAUACAACAAAAAAAAAUUAGGAGAUUAAUCGCUUAUAGCAGUAUUACAGGUACUGGUUAUUAUUUAAUGAUUUUUGUAGCCCCUGACUUUCAUAUAAUAAAACAUAUCUUUUUUUUCAUAAUAGUAUAUACUAUUAAUGUAUUUGGUAUCUUUUUAUGUUUUAGUAAUCUUGUUACUUUAAAUGGAAGAAUAAAUAUUGAAAGAUUUAUUUCGUUAGGUGGUUUGUAUAGAUAUAAUAAGUAUUUAUCGUUGUGUAUCAUUUUGUUAUUAUUUUCUAUAGCAGGAUUACCUCCAUUUCCUACAUUUUUGGCUAAGUUAUAUCUAUUGUUUGAUUUAUAUAAUUACAAGUUAUAUCUUUUUAUGUUUUUUAUUAUUAUUACUACGAUCAUAAGUUUUUAUUAUUAUUUACGUAUUUCUAAAAUAAUAUUAUAUAAUAAUAUUUCCCAUUGGAUUUAUUUGAGAAAUAUUUCAUACAUUCCAAUGUUAUUAAUAAUAUAUAUAUUAUUUUUUAAUAUAUGUCUAAUCAUAAAACCAAGCUUAUUAUUAAAUAUAAUUGAAUAUAUUUUGAUUGAUUUUUUUUAG